GCAAUUUUGGAGAGUUUUUACGCAUUUUGGAGAGUUUUUACGCAUUUUGGAGACUUUUCCCCCUUCCGCACUGACAUGGAUGAUGUACAUGUAAAUCUGGCGCACUCGUAAAAGGAUACUACGGUUUCUACUCUUCUGUUUUUUCCCAAGUGCACUUGUUUUGUUUUUUUCCGGCAAUGAUUGUGCGUCUUCUGCUCGUCCUGUGCGUCGCCGCGGAUGGAGUGCUGUGUCAGAUCCGCUACUCUGUACCGGAGGAGGCGGACCACGGAACCCUGGUGGGGAAUAUCGCCGAGGACCUGGGACUGGAUCUAACCAAACUGGCCUCCCGCCGCUUCCAGGUGGUGCCCAGCUCACGGACGCCGUACCUGGAGGUGAACUUAGAGAACGGCGUCCUGUUCGUUAACGAGAAAAUCGACCGGGAGCAGAUCUGUAAGCAGAGCGCCAGCUGCCAGCUCAACAUGGAAGUGUUUCUGGAGAACCCCCUGGAGCUGUUUCGGGUGGAAAUCGAAGUGGUGGAUAUUAACGACAACCCGCCCAGCUUCCCGGAGACCGACAUCACGGUUGAGAUCUCCGAGAGCGCCACACCGGGAACCCGCUUCCCCCUGGAGAGCGCCUUCGAUCCGGACGUGGGUUCCAACGCUUUACGCACGUACGACAUCACCACCAACAACUACUUCUACCUGGACGUGCAGACGCAGACGGACGGGAAUAAGUUCGCGGAGCUGGUGUUGGAGAAGCCGCUGGACCGGGAGCAGCAGGCGGCGCACAGGUACGUGCUGACGGCCGUGGACGGGGGCCAGCCUCCGCGGACCGGCACGGCUCUGCUGGUGGUCAAAGUGCUGGACUCCAACGACAACGUGCCGGUGUUCGAGCAGCCGGUGUACACGGUGAGCCUGUCGGAGAACGCGCCGGUGGGCACGCUCGUGAUCCAGCUCAACGCCACGGACCUGGACGAGGGUCUGAACGGAGAGAUCGUCUACUCGUUCAGUAACCACAUUUCCAGCCGCGUCAAAGACCUGUUCGGUAUCGACCCGCGCACCGGACGCAUCGAGGUGCGCGGAGAGGUGGACUUUGAGGAGAGCAGCCUGUACCAGAUCUUCGUCCAGGCCAAGGAUCUGGGACCGAACGCCAUCCCCGCGCACUGCAAAGUCUUGGUAAAAGUCUCGGACGUUAACGACAACGCGCCGGAAAUCACUUUCAGCACCGUCACCGAGUCCGUGAGCGAAAAGGCGGCUCCCGGUACCGUGAUCGCGCUGCUGAGCGUGACGGACAAAGACGCGGAGGAAAACGGGCAGAUUCACGUGGAGAUCCUGGGAGACGUCCCCUUCAAACUGAAGUCCUCCUUCAGGAACUACUUCACCAUCCUGACCGACGGGCCGCUGAACCGGGAGCAGGCGGACUCUUACUCCGUCACCGUGGUGGCGCGGGAUAAAGGCACGCCGUCGCUGGCUUCCAGUAAGUCCAUCCGAGUCCAGGUGUCGGACGAGAACGACAACGCGCCCGCUUUUACGCAGCCCGUCUACGACGUGUAUGUGACCGAGAAUAACGUCCCGGGCGCGUACAUCCACGCGGUCACGGCUCUGGACCCGGACUUGGGCCAGAACGCGCUCAUCAGUUACUCCAUCCUGGAGUGUGACAUCCAGGGCAUGUCCGUCAAAACCUACGUGUCCAUCAACGAGGAGACCGGCUACCUGUACGCACUGCGCUCCUUCGACUAUGAGCAGCUCAAGGACUUCACCUUCAUGGUCCAGGCCCGAGACUCCGGGACCCCCCAGCUGCUGUCCAACGCCACCGUUAAAGUCAUCAUAGUGGACCAGAACGACAACCCCCCCUUGGUUCUGGCCCCCUUGGGAAAGAACGGCACCGCUAAGGAGCCCCUGCCCCGCUCGGCCGAACCGGGUUACCUGGUGACCCGGAUCGUUGCCAUGGACGCGGACGACGGAGAGAACGCGCGUCUGUCCUACAGCAUCCAACGGGGCAACGAGAACGGCAUGUUCCGGAUGGACUGGAGGACCGGCGAGCUCCGGACCGCCAGACGGGUGUCGCCCAAGCGGGACCCGCACCAGGUCUACGACCUGCUGAUCGAGGUGCGGGACCACGGCCAGCCCCCCCUGUCCUCCAGCGCCAGCGUCCUGGUGAUGCUGGUGGACAGCGUGUCCGACGGCCGGAUGCUGGGGGGGGACCGGGGCGGUGCCGGUGCCAAAUCCAAAGAGGGCACCCUGGACCUGACCCUGAUCCUCAUCAUCGCCCUGGGCUCCGUGUCCUUCAUCUUCCUGCUGGUCAUGAUCGUGUUGGCCGUGCGCUGCCAGAAGGACAAGAAGCUCAGCAUCUACACCUGCCUGACCAGUGACUGCUGCCUGGGGGGGUGCAGCUCCUGCUGCUCCAGGCAGGGCCGCGCGCGCAAGAAAAAGCUGUCCAAGUCGGACAUCAUGCUGGUGCAGAGCGCGGUCAACGUCAGCGGGGCCGGGGCGGCCCAGGUGCCCGUGGAGGAGUCAGGGACGUUCGGCUCCAUGCACCACCCGAACCAGAACUAUUGUUACCAGGUAUGUCUGACCCCGGAGUCCGCCAAAACCGACCUCAUGUUCCUAAAGCCGUGUAGUCCCACUAGGAGCACGGACACCGAGCACAACAACCCGUGCGGGGGGGCCAUAGUGACAGGGUACUCAGACCAGCAGCCUGACAUCAUAUCCAACGGAAGCAUUUUAUCCAACGAGGCCAAACACCAGCGGGCUGAACUCAGCUACCUGGUGGACAGGCCGCGGCGCGUCAACAGCUCAGCGUUCCAGGAGGCGGACCUGGUCAGUUCCAAAGACAGCGGCCACGGAGACAGCGAGCAGGGGGACAGCGACCACGACGCCACCAAUCGAGGCCACUCCUCCGGCACUGACCUGUUCUCCAACUGUACAGAGGAGUGUAAGGCCCUGGGCCACUCCGACCGCUGCUGGAUGCCCAGCUUCGUGCCCUCAGACGGGCGCCAGGGCCCGGACUACCGCAGCAACCUCCACGUGCCCGGCAUGGACUCGGUCCCGGACACAGAGGUAUUUGAAAGUCCCGAGCACAAGGCCGAUCAGUCAUUCUCCACCUUUGGCAAAGAGAUGCCGCUCAGUCACCAACACCACCACCACCUCCACCUAAACCACCUCCACCACCUCCAUCCCCUCAGCCAGAGGACAGAGCUGGUCCCUGAGCCUAGCUCCACAGCGCCUUAUAACCCAGCCUAUUCCACGAGGAAAGGUUUUGCUAGCUCCUUUCGUGUGGACAUACCGGAGACGGCAUGACUUUGCACAAUCACCCCAACCCCCCCGGCCCUGGCCCCGCCCCCUGUCAGCUGAGGCACAGAGCAUCAGCCCCCCCGCCCCCCCUUUCC